AUGGCAGACACCGAAAAAUACUUCACAUACGACGGGCGCCUCGCGUCUUUCCGUAAAACCACCAAGAAGCGCGGGUCUACCAUUGGACGCGGCGGCAAACCACUAAACUGGCCGCACAAGCAAAUCACACCUGCGAGCCUCGCAAAAGCAGGAUUCUACUUCAACCCGAACCCUGACAACCCCGACAACUGCACAUGCUUUCUCUGCCAAAAGGGUCUCGACGGCUGGGAGGCCGGCGAUGACCCCUUGGUAGAACAUUUGACCCACGCAUCCCAGUGUGGCUGGGCUGUCGUCACGGCCAUCGAGGCUGAGAUUGAAGAAUACUCGAAGCAGGACCCAACGCUGCCUCGCAUGGUGGAGGCCCGAGAAGCUACUUUUGGCACCAGAUGGCCACACGAAGGCAAGAAGGGAUGGCAGUGCAAAACAAAGCAGCUUGUUGAGUCAGGAUGGGUCUACACGCCGACUGACGAGUCCGAUGACAUGGCAACAUGCAUGUAUUGCCAACUGGCACUGGAUGGCUGGGAACCUGAAGACAAGCCCUAUGACGAGCAUUACAAGCGCUCUCCAAACUGCGCCUUCUUUGUUCUCACGAGUGAGCCCGAGCCCGAGCCGGCACCGAAAAAGACCGCUCGCGGCAAGGCAGCUAGAGGGUCGAAAGUAUCACGAGCAUCAACACAAUCAGUGCAGUCUGUUUCCACAGCCGCCUCCGAAGCCAUCGCGGUUGAUGAGACAGCCGAGCCCGAAGAUAGUGUCCUCACCACCGUGUCAAUGGCUCAAGGCAAAAAACCUCGGGCGAAGAAGGGCGCUGCCAAGACUGCCAAGGGUGGCCGAAAGAAGACCAAAAAGGAGACUACCCCUGUUGACGAUGCCAGCGAAGCCGGUGACGAGAGCGAAGUCAUCAGCCAGCCACCUCCCGCCAAAUCAACGCGCGGCCGAAAGCGAGGGAGCGAGGCAGUCGACGAUUCCAUGAUGAGCACAGCCAGUGCACCAGCGACGAAGAAGAGAGCAACGAAAACACGGGCUAGCGCGGCCGAGUCAUCUAUUGCAUCCGAGGCCACAGCUGUGCCUGAUGAUCCAACACCCGUCACUGCCGCUACCAAGGUCAAGGGUGGUCGGCAGUCCAAAACUCGCCAGGUUUCUGCUGCAGUAUCUGUGGCAAACACUUCUAUAGCUUCACUGCGUGCCACACCAGAAGCCUUCCCGGAUGAUGACGAAAUUGAGAGACAAUUGGAGGCGGACCUCGAGCGCCAGCUUACUGAGGACGAGUUUGUGUACGAAUAUCGACGUCCGUCAGCUCAGCCGGAAACGAAGCCAGCCGACGAGACGACAAAGAAGUCGACCGCCUUCAGAAUGCUUGAUCCGGAACCCUCGGAAGCAGACGAGGCCGAAGUCGAUGAUGAGCUCCAGGCACUCCAAACUGAAAUGGAGGUCGAUGAGCCAGAAAAGGAGUUGAAAGUCGCCAAGAAAGGUCAAAAGGGUCGCAAGGCAACUGGUACACGGAAAGCCUCGAAGCAGGCCAAACCGAAAAAAGUAAAGGAGCCCUCUCCUUCUCCCUCUCCUCCCCCUCCAACUCCACCCGCUGUUCAAUCCAUGGAAAUCGAAAUUGAAGAGCAAGAUGACCAGAGUGUUGUUAGCACUGAUACCGUCGUGAGAAAUGCCGACUCUGUUAAUUCGAUGACUGAGAAGCGUGGCGGGGAACGAAGUAGGAAAUCAUCCAUUGCUUCUGAAGACUCGGUUGAUAUGGUCACCUACGUGGAGCCUGAGGAGACUCCUGUCAAAGGUGCAAGUGGACGGGUUGGCGCGGACGAGGAGCUGCCAGAGCCCUCACCAACACCGUCGCCUGGUCCUGACGCUCAAUUGACGAGCGAAGCACACUAUGCAGCAGAGAUGAAUGACGACGAUCUUCUCGCUGCGGAUGACGAUAUGGAGAUUGCAGAGGACCCUAUCGAGGCUGCGACCUCGCCGGUAGCAACGUCUGUGAUAGAGCCACCGUCUACGCCUGGCGACAUGAUAUCGCCCGCUCCAUCUGCCAAGCAAGCAGCACUCUCGCCUUCACAGUCGCCUCAGUCAUCUGACGCAGAAAACCAACCACCAUCUUCGAGGCCUAGCGCAUCGGCGAAGCGUAUUGCUUUGGCACCACUGGCCGCUACACCCUCGCGGAUGUCGCCCUCGAAGCGCAACGUCAUUGCGGGGCUACAGAGUACGACGCCAUGGUCACCAGCCAAUCUGGAUGCUAUCUUUGGCACUCCAAAGGCAGGCGCUGACAAGGAGAAUGGUGUGGAACGGCUGCUCAAACAAGGCCAGGAAUUGAGCAGCCCGGAAAAGCAGAUGACUGUGGAAGAGUGGAUUCAGUUCAACGCAGGGGAGGCUGAGAAGAAGCUCAAGCACGAAUGUGAACGAAUGGUCAGUUUGUUUGAGAGCGAAGGCACGAGAGCUAUGAACGUGCUCGAGGGCUUGGCCGUCGAGUAA